UGAGCCGACUCACACAUACUCACUCCGCUCCCGCGGUCCCCUUCCUCUUAUCAGCGGGUCCCUCUCCCUACACACCCCCAUGAGCUCUACCUCCCUUUCCCUUCCGACCAUGAAAGGGAGUUCCUUUGAGGAGAUUAACGCGGCGCCGUCCACCUCCCAGGGAGAUUUCGUUCGCCCUCGAGUGGUUGAGGAAGCUCGCCUAGCUACCUCUGGGUCUCACUCUCCUAUCUCCGUUACCCUCGGAGAUAACAAGACGCAGCGCUUCUUCGAUCAGACGGUCCCCGACCUCCACUUCUCCCUCACCCUCCAGCCACCGGAUAGUACCCAGGCGCCUCGACGCUACCAUUCCUCCGCCUACUUCGACGUGCUGGAGACUGGGUACGACUUUAUCCUUGGCACUCCCUGGUCUCGCCGGUUCCGUAGCACAGAGGCCGAAUGGGCGUUUGAGACACUCAUUCUCAAAACGAAGUGUGGUCAAACCCAUCUAGUCCCCUUCAUUGGAACCACGGGCGGCACCCCUCCAAACCUACCUCCCCAGGACCCUCGUCCUUCUGGGUCCCACCCAGACAUCUCCUUCACUUCUCCCCGUCAGUUUGCUCACUUCAUCCGACAGGAGGACGUCACACUCUACUCAGUGAACGUCAUGGAUCUUCUUCGCUACGAUCCACUCUGUCCCGAGGUUGAGCUCAUCUCACUGGAGCCCGAUCCCCCUGACCCUUCCUCCAUCUUCACGGCUCUCAUCUCUACAUCCACCCCGCAGCCUGCGGAUACCCCCUCGACAUCCCAGGUUCCUACGCCGUCCACUGCCGAGUCCACCCAUACGUCUCGUGCCGACGCAGACGUUAAGGAACUCAUGCGGUUCACGACUGACUUAGAGCCCGUCAUUUGCGACCUGAUUCGGGAGUACAGCGACGUCUUCCCCCCGUAUUUCUCAUACAGCGGGAUUCCCCCGAUGCGCGGUGUCGAGCAUUCCAUCCAGCUCGUGCCUGACUAUCGUGUUCACCAUCAGGCACCAUACCGACUCUCGAUUCCAGAGGCGACGGAACUCAAGCGUCAGCUUGAGGAGCUCCUUCGACUUGGUUUCAUUAAACCUAGUAACUCCCCUUGGGGUGCACCUGUCCUCUUUGCUCGCAAAGCGGACGAAACUCUCCGCCUCUGCAUCGAUUAUCACGGCCUUAACCGUUACACGGUUAAGAACAGCUAUCCCAUGCCCCGCGCGGAUGAGCUGUUUGACCGUCUGACAGACAACCGCUUCUUCACGAAGAUCGAUCUUCGUAGCGGUUACCACCAGAUCCGCAUUGCCGCAGAGGACCAGCCGAAGACCGCCUUUCGGUCGCGCUUCGGCCACUACGAGUUCACGGUGAUGCCAUUCGGCCUCACCAAUGCACCCGCCACCUUCCAGACGACGAUGAACGACAUUUUCAGGGACAUCCUUGAAGAAUACGUUCUCGUAUACCUGUACGACAUCCUGGUCUACAGUCGUACCUUAGAAGACCAUAUCAGACACCUCCGCGAUGUCCUACAGUGCUUACGCAAGCAUGGCUUCUAUGCCAAGCUCAGUAAGUGCUGCUUUGCCCAGCGCAAAGUGGACUUCCUAGGACACCAUGUGUCUGACCAGGGUCUCCACAUGGACGAUGCAAAGAUCAAUGCUAUUGCAGAGUGGGCCGUCCCCACAUCUGCCAAGCAGCUUCGCAGCUUUCUAGGCCUCACCAGCUACUAUAGUAAUUUUAUCCAGGGAUACGCUAGGUAUUCCUACGUCCUUACCUCCACCCUCCUCCGGAAGAACCCGCCGUGGUUUUGGACACCGCUCUGCGAGGACGCCUUCCGCGCCCUCAAGAAGGCGAUGACUUGCGCGCCGGUUCUUCGCCUUCCUGAUUUUGAUCAUCCCUUUAUCGUCACCACCGAUGCGUCAGAUUUUGCAGUAGGAACUGUCCUUUCUCAGGUGUUUCCCUCUCCUCCAGAUUCACCUUACCCCCAUGUUCCUCCUUCCCCCCCCCCUCUUGCUGACACUGCUUCUCGACUGACGCCUAUCCUACCACCACUUCCCUCCACUGACAGUCCUCCCAUUACUUACUCCCCGACCAUCGCGGAGGAUGGGACGGUCGAGGCUCGUGCUGGGGAUUGUCUGAUCGCUUUCUACUCCCGUCAGCUACUACCUGCCGAGAUAAACUACACUGCCGAUGAACGUGAGGUUCUCGCAGUAGUUUAUGCUACCCGGCAUUGGCGUCAUUAUCUGCACGGGGCGCCCUUCACGGUGCGCACGGACAACUCAGUUGUCCAGGCUUUCCUCACGAAGCCUAAGCUUUCCCCUCGACAGGCACGCUGGUGGCGUGACUUAUCCGAGUUCAGUUUCACCACUCAGCCCAUCAAGGGUGAAACGAACCGCGUCGCCGAUGCCUUGUCCCGCCGUCCUUAUCACAAUCAGGAACCCAUCCAUCUUGCUGUCAUCUCCAUCACCAGUGUUGAUCAGUCGGUGAUCGACGCGUAUCGCACUCAGUACUGCCACUGCCCCGAUUAUCGCGUCAUCCACACGACACUGCGGAGUGGCAAGACCGUUCCUUCCUACUCCCUCGGGGAGAACGGCCUCGUGUACUGGCAUGGCAGAUCUGGUCAACUAGAACCACGUAUCUGCGUUCCCUCCACCGGACAGCUCCGCAUCCAGGCUGUAGCAGAGUUCCAUAACCAGGCAGCUGCCGGUCAUAUGGGUUUCCACAAGACGUUGGCUCGUGUUUGCCGCCUAUACGUCUGGCCGAAGUCCAARGACUUUGUCAAAGCCUACAUCCAGGARUGUCCUACCUGCCAGGAGGUGAACAGUGCGAACCACCUUCCGUAUGGGUUACUUCAGCCCCUACCCAUACUUGAAGGUCGUUGGCAGUCUAUCUCGAUGGAUUUCAUUGGUCCCCUCCGCCCACCCACUCAGCGCGGUCAUGAUGCUAKCUUGGUCGUCGUCGAUCGCUUCACGAAGYGUGCACGUUUUGUUCCGUGCCGCUAUCGCAUUAGCGCUCGUGAGGUCGCCGACAUCGUCUUCGACCGAGUCGUGAGAGAUCACGGCUUACCUCAGAGCAUCAUUUCCGACCGUGACCCGCGCUUUACCAACACAUUCUGGCGACGCCUACACGAGGUGUACGGAUCCCAGCUCUGCUUCUCAUCGUCUUAUCACCCUCAGACGGAUGGUCAGACUGAGGUCACCAACAAAACUCUCGGUAAUAUCCUCCGAAAGUUUGUUAGGGAUGACCAGCAGUGGGACUUACACUUAGCCCACGCGGAGAUUGCGUACAACCACGCUGUUUCGCCAGCGACGGGGAUGUCGCCAUUCUAUUGCGACCUCGACUACCACCCUCGCGUACCUGCGGAUUUCCUACGACCAUUGCGGUUGCGCCCAGACACUCGUUGCCCUGCGCUUGACGACUGGAUCGCCCACAUGGCGGCGAUUAUGAAGYGCGCACACGAGAGUUUARCCRRYUCCCAGACUCGCAUGGCCGCACGAGCGAACCGAUCACGAAUGGAUCAUCCAUUCAAAGUCGGUGACGAUGUGCUCGUCGACGCACGCCACUUACAGCUCGAAGCAGAUAUGCUUCGCAAGUUCAGGCGUCGUUUCUUCGGUCCAUGCCGCAUCCUUCAGGCCGUCGGCUCUAAUACUGCCGCUAGUCCGGUCAGCUUYCGUGUGAAGCUACCUGAUUACCUUYGACAGGCUCGCGUACACGAUGUUUACCACGUCUCCUUGCUGCGUCCUUAUCGCAGACCGUCCGAGCGCUUCGCCGGACGCCCUUAUGAGCGCCCUCCACUUAUCAUGGUGGACGGUCAUGAGGAGUUCGUUCUUUCCGACAUCGUAUCACGCCGAGUUACCGACGAUACCCCUCCACGCAUCGAGUACCUUGUGCGUUGGAAGGGCUACCCUGAUGAGGAGGCUACUUGGGAGCCCCUCGAGCACUUGCAGCACACCAGGAUGUUGGUGCGUGCAUAUGAUCGUGCUCGUCGUGCUGGGACAUCUGCUUCUACUCAACCGACUGACCCUCUUCCUCCUCCUCCGGCUGAGGAGAUCGCUGAGGAUGAGCCCGCUCCCUCUGAGGCCGUUCCUCAGCCGCAGAUGGUCGCCUCCGAGCGUCCACAGCGCACUCAUCGUCGCCCUUCAUGUUACGAUGACUGACACUCUUAUCCUCCAUCUUUCCCCACUGACUCACACCAUCAGGUACUCCAUCAUCA